AUGAGCCAGCCACCUACUACUGAAGUCCGUGCCGGACAUGAAUUUGUUGUUGCUAAUCUCGAGAGCAACCCGACCUUCAUGCUCACAUCUGCCAACGGUGCUAAAUACGUUAUGCGCAAGAAGCCUCCAGGUGCUCUGAUUUCAAAGUCAGCUCACCAAGUAGAUCGAGAAUACCGUGUCAUCAAAGCAUUAAAGGAAAACACGAGCCUACCUAUGCCACAAGCUGUCUGCUAUUGUAGUGAUACAAAGGUCGUUGGAACCGAGUUUUACGUCAUGGUUUUCUGUGAAGGCAGAGUCAUUGCCGACAACAUGCUCUUGUCUCUUCCAAAAUCUGAACGCCGAUUGUACUGGAAGGCUAUCAUGGAUACUCUUGCUGCCUUCCACAAAGUAGAUCAUCACGCAGUCGGUCUUGGUGAUUACGGAAAAAGUGGUGGAUACUACACCAGACAAAUCACCAACUUUUUCCGUCUGAGCGAAGACCAAGCUAAAGUCACCGAUAAAGCCGGCAAGGCUGUCGGUCACCUACCUGGAUUCGAAGACAUGAGAGCCUGGUUCAAAAAGAAUAUUGUCAAGGAUGAGGUUUCGCUCUUCCACGGUGAUUACAAACCAGAUAACUUGAUUAUGCACCCCACGAAACCAAUAGUACUUGCCAUUCUGGAUUGGGAAUUGAGUACAGUUGGACACCCUCUAGCAGAUUUAGCGCAUCUGUUACUCCCCUUCUACACAUCUGAAAUGCCAUCUUCGUACGAUGGCAAGGCUGAAACCACCACAAAACUCGACAUUGACCCUCCAGUCGAGGAAUUAAUCAAGAUGUACUGCGUUGCCGCAAACCGUCCAUAUCCUAUACCAGGCUGGAACUUUUGUGUUGCAUUUGCUAUAUUCCGAAUGGCUGUCAUCAUGCAAGGGAUUGCAGGUCGUUAUGCCUUGGGUCAAGCCUCAAACCCUGCUGCUCAAGCUAUUGGCGCUAGAGUUCCCCAAUAUACUCAAUUCGCUUUGAGACUGAUUGAAUCUGCUCCCAAGCUCUAA